CCUUCCAAUGGAAUCAUCCAACACAUUUUGUUGAAGGACCACUUCUUCCCUUGUGAUCUACAUUGUUUUGAGUUGCCCAAAAACACAGAAUGAAGCUACAAUAUGUCUUCACCAUUCUCUCUUUUCUCAUCCUCUUAGUCCUACAUGGUUCAACAACCUCAGCCCAAGGUCCAGCAGCGGCACCGGCGGCACCAAUAGCUCCGGUGGCUGCAGCCCCGGCACCUCCUGGUCCAACGAACGUCACCAAAAUCCUCGAAAAAGCCGGCCAAUUCACCCUCUUAAUCCGUCUUCUAAAAUCCACACAAGUGGCCGAUCAGCUGCUCGGUCAGCUCAACAACUCCAACAACGGGAUGACCCUAUUCGCACCGACGGACAAUGCGUUCUCGAGCCUUAAAUCCGGCACGUUGAAUUCGCUCUCCGACGAGCAGAAAGUCGAGCUGGUGCAAUUCCACAUCGUCCCGACGUACCUCACCUCGUCUCAGUUCCAAACUAUUAGUAAUCCAUUGAGAACACAAGCCGGUGACAGUGGCGAUGGCAAGUUCCCUCUCAAUAUUACAACAACGGGGAACUCGGUGAAUAUCACAAGUGGAUUGACAAACACUAGUGUUUCCGGCACGAUUUACACCGACGGUCAGCUGGCCGUUUAUCAAAUCGAUCAGGUACUUCGGCCUCUGCAAUUAUUCGCUCCUAGGCCUCCAGCUCCGGCUCCGGCACCGGCAAAGUCGAAGAAGAAGAAGGCUUCUGUUGUCGCCGAUAGCCCCGAUGAAACUCCGGCGGAUAACUCCAAAGCGGCUGCCGUGCAAAAUAUAGUCUUGUUUGGUGUUGCUGCUGUAGUUGGUGCAAUUUAUUUGUGACCAUGAUCAUGGAGAAAUGAAGACACUGAUUGUGAUGGGUUGUAUUAAUAUUCAACGGUGGUGAUCAACAUGAAUGUUUUUCCUUUUUUUUUCAAUUAUCAUCAUUAUAAAAUUGAAUUUUGAUAUGUGUUUUUUUUU